AUGGCGGCCGAGGCGCUUCCGAACUCGUCGUGGCAUCCGGCGCUGAUGCCCGAUCACGAGUCGCCGACGAAACUGUCGCCUCAACUCGAACCACAGCCCUCGGCUGGUACAUCUCCCGAUUCGCUGCACAACGGCACGCCCCUCGAACAAGAUCCGGAGCCCUUCCAUCUUGACGAACAAUCUGAAAGUACCGGUAUCAAUAAUAGCAACACUGUACGCAUCGAUCCUCUACCUGGCCACCUUGGUGACGAAGGCGGCGCAUGGCUAACCAUGGAACAGUCUGUAGGGAGAGCUCCAUCGAAACACGCUAGCUCCAUGUCCUUUGCGCGUACUGUCUCCCAUGAAGUCAGUUUCGCAGACGGCGACGAGGACGAGGCCGACUGGACGCUACAGAGAACAGACACAGACCCCUUCAAGUUCAUGGCGCCUUCAGAUCGAUCCAACACAUUCCCAGUUCCUGCGCCUAUCGUCCCCAACGGCGCGGUUGAGCAACCGCUGCCCGCCAACCAGGCCAUGGAGGCCUUCGGCGAAUCUGAGGAUCAGGACUGGGAACUGGGAGACGACGGGGAGGAUCUGUCUCCAUCGCAAGGCGAGCAAGAUCAGCAAAGUCUGCCGUCGGGUGCUGGGCCGUCAGAGAGCCGACAUGGUCCCACCAGGUCGAUGGGUGGUGAUGCGCAGCCAAACGAAGACGAUGCCGCUGAGACGCGCUUCGAAGAGGGCAUGCCACUCCUGGCAGGCUCUGACAGCCACCGCGCCGAGUCGACGACCACGCAAAAAAAGCAAGGACCUGACUUGUUUGCCGAAGACGAGCCCAACGACGACGAUUUCUUUGGUCAGAUCGGAAACUCUGCCCCCUCUGAUGAGCCUCCCAUACAGCCACUCGAGCGAAAGUCGACAUCGCAAGUAAUGGGUGACCUAUCCACCGAGCCACCUUCGAGGCAGAAUACCUUUGGGACUUUGCAAGAGGAUGACGAACCACCCUCUGACGCUGCCAAUGAAUCCACGGCCCAAGCGCCUACCCGCGGCGGUCAUAGGAGGACUAAGACUCAAGACUUGAAAGCAAAAUGGGAGGCUGCGUUGAUGGACGAUGAGGACGAUGACUUGCUCCUGGAUGAUGACGAGGAAGAGAACAAGGACUUGGACACAGCUGGAUUCCUUGGAAGCGACGACGAGGGGCUUCUUGAAAAUGAUGGGGGUGAGCCCGCACCAGCGCCACAGCAACCUGCUUCGAGGCAGACAUCGAGCUCGAAUCCGUACGCUCCACAAUCAUAUCAGCAACCCGCUACGGUGCCGGCGCACUCGAGCCAGCAGUCUGCGACAGGGUCAUACUUUAACCCACCCGCCCCAGCCAACGCCUUCGCAGGCGGACAGCAGUAUGGACGGCCCCCGCUGCCCGGCUCUGAUCAGCCCAAGGCGCAGAGCUUUGCAGACAAGGCCAAAGGCGGUUACUCCUCGCCAUACGACCUACCAACUGACAUCGUUGCGAGCGUGCCAAAGCCUCGCAAGAGGCCGAGCGUGCAGCAGAUGUAUGCGCCAAGUUCCGCGGCUCAACAAGCACCUCCCCCAGGUCCUCCAAAUAUGUCCGCGCCGCCUCCGCUGCCGCCACAGUCCAACUCGCGACCACAGUCCAGCCACGAAUCGCCUGGCGGUGCCUCUUUGACCCAGAAACCUUCAACAACCUCUUUGCGUAGCAAGGGCAGCUUUUUCGAGGACUUGCCCAUAGCCCCAAAGGCACGCCCUACCUCAAGGCAGAGUUACCGAGCACAGUCACCUGUGCAGCAGCAACCUGGUCCACCUCAAGGUCCACCGCAGGGUCCUCCUCGUGAGCCGUCCUUAGGUCCUUCGCCGCUAGGCCAGUCUACCAGGAGCCAGCCUUCGUCCGAUCCGUCGGGAAUCCCUAACCUGGUACCUCCCGAAAGAGUGAGCCCAUACGCCGCAUUGCAGUCUGGUUCGGGCCACAUCCCACCACCAUCUGGCAACAGUUCUCGAUACUCGCCCGCGCCUGGACAGGCCCCAGCAACAGGUGCGGUUCCUCCACCUGGCGGCACGAGAUAUUCCCCCGCCCCCCCGCAAGUGCCUCGACAGGCGAGCUACAGUCCGUCGAGAACCCCUUCCACCACAACGCCGCCCGUUCUUCCUCAUCAACCUAGAACGUCGAGCCCCUUGGCCCACUUCGAAAGCAGCUCCUUGAGACCUCAUGCCGAGGGCUUUGAGCGCCGCUCUAGUAGUUCCUCCUUCGAGCCACGGUUGAACAGGGUACCGUCUUUACCCCCCACGCGAGAGGUCGACGAGGAGGAGGAUCACUCUGGUGACGGUGCGCCCUUGGGGACGCGUCACUCGUCUGCAGAAUCCAAGUAUGCUCCUUCUGCAGUCACUCGGCAAACACCGCCGCCUCCAGGGAUGCCACGGUAUGCCUCUUCACCGCUGUCUCCACCUAAACGAGCGACACCGAACUACGCUCCCCAAGCAUCGCAACAACCACAGGCUGCGCAAGCUGGGUUUGUACCUCCUCCGAGAGCGCAGACUCACUCUCCUGGAGCGUCUGCACCCACCACACAAGCCUCUGCAACAAACCAUAUCCCCCGUCCUUCAUCGACGCAAUCACAUGCCACCCCGGAAGCUACCAAGUCAACUCGACAGCCCCCAUAUGCCAAUCACUCACGCGUCCGCGGGCAAUCUAUCACCAUGACCAUGGUUGCCCCAACAGAUGGCCGAGAGCAAGAUCCCCUACAGCGGUGGAAAGGAGUUCCCCUUUUCACCUGGGGUGCUGGAGGCGCUGUUGUCACGUCAUUCCCAAGAAGCAUACCAAGGUACUCAAUGGGAUCGUCGACGCCCACAGUCACCAGAACUCCUGGUGAGGUCAAACUGCAGAAUAUCCGAGACAUUGACACAUUGCCUGAGCGUCUGAUCAACUUCCCCGGUCCUUUGAAAGGAAAAUCCAAGAAGAAGGAAACCAUCGCUUGGCUGGCUUCUGGCAUCGAAAUACUCGAGAAAGAAUUGCCAGACUUAUCUUUCCACUCAGAACUCUCCACAGAGGUAAAGAGGAGCUUUGAACGCUUGUUGCUUUGGAAGAUUCUACGGGUCUUUGUCGAAAACGACGGAGUCCUGGAAGGCAAGGCAAAUGUCGACAAGGCCGUCAGGGACAUACUAUCUCCAGAAGCCAACAGCUCAGACGAUGCCCACGCCGGCGCAUCUGUGACGGCCAUGCAAGCGGACGCUGUUGACGCGGGCUCUAUGGAGGCUAUUCGAGCCAGUUUGUUCAAGGGCGACCGGGAGUCUGCGGUUUGGUCUGCGGUCGACAAGCGCCUAUGGGGGCACGCCAUGCUCAUCGCCAACACAGUGUCACCAGACCUGUACAAGCAAGUGACACAGGAAUUCGUGCGUAAGGAGGUGAAUUACCAAGGUCACAGCAACGAGUCCAUGGCAGCCCUUUACAAGAUCUUGUCUGGCAAUUACGAGGACUGUGUCGAUGAGCUUGUUCCGUCGCAUGCGCGCGCUGGCUUUCAGCUACUAUCAACCACCGGAGCAGCGUCGGGUCCUGCCAAGGAUGCCAUGGACGGGCUUGACAAGUGGCGCGAGACUUUGGCCCUCGUGUUGAACAACCGCAGCCAAGGCGAUGUGCAAGGCCUCAAGGCCCUUGGCAGCCUUCUGGCCAGCUACGGUCGCGCUGAGGCCGCGCACGUGUGCUUCAUAUUCAGCAAGGCUGCCUCGAUAUGCGGGGGCCUUGAUGACCCGACUGCGGACUUUGUCCUCUUGGGCUCCGACCACAAGCAACAGUCCUCACACUUUGGUAAAGAGACUGAGGCGCUCCAGCUCAGCGAGGUUUUCGAAUAUGGACUUUCGCUAGCGGGCGCCGUCGGAGGUCUGCCUCAUCUUGCUGCGUACAAGUUCCAGCAUGCCCUUACCCUUGCAGAGCAUGGCCAACGCGAUAAAGCUUUGCAGUACUGCGAGUCGAUUGCGGCUGCCAUUUCUUCGCAGACCAAGAGAUCGCCGUACUACAAUCCAUAUGUAGCAGCUGGCGUGGAUGACCUGAUCGCUCGUCUCAAACAGGUACCGAAAGGGGAGUCUGGAUCGUGGAUCUCCAAACCCAGCAUGGGCAAGGUUUCAGAUAGCAUGUGGAACAAGUUCAACAAAUUCGUUGCCGGUGAUGACGAACAGCAGGGUGCUCCGGGAGCUGAUGGCAGCCCCUUUUCGCACAUCGGAGGUGGUACACCCACGAUCAGCCGGUCACCCUCUACCAACAAUUUCGAAACGUACGGCGCUGCCGCACCCGCAUACGGAAUGGUUGCUUCACCCCCUGCCGCCGCAAUGCCGUCCAAGUAUGCGCCUACGAGUGCUUCGCCAUAUCAACCCUCGUCGCAAUACGCCCCUGCGCCAGUCGGACAAGGACAGCCCGGAGCGCCGCAAGAGGCAUCCUAUCCAGCUCAUGGCCACAACUCAUACGCCCCCACAUCUGGUUACCAGCCAUCGGAGCCUAGCGGCGAAAUGCCGGCCUCGCCCAACUACGGCGGCUACCAGCCUCAUGUCCAACCCCAGUCACCAAACAUGCCUGGCAGUUCCGGUGCCCAACAAGGGCCGGCGGAAACGCAGGGCGCUUACAACCCUCCUGACUAUGGAUACGCACCUCCACAGGAUUUCUCGGCUACUAGGCAAGAGGAUAACCAUGUGGACGAGCCUCGGUCAGGGGGAUACGAGCCACCUGCUCAGCAAUCGUAUGGGUACGAGCCCCCAUCGUAUCAACCCGACUUCACUGCCGAUAACGAUGAGGACACUAAGCCAAAGAGGGGCAUGAUGGAUGAUGGAGACGAUGCACCAAGACCGUCAUCCCAGCAAUCCAAAGCAGACAAGGACCGCGAAAAUGAGGAGAUGUUCCGGAAAGCGGCAGAAGAAGAUGCGAAGCGCGCUGAGGCGGAAAAGGCCAACAAGAAGGGCUGGGGUUUGAGCGGCUGGUUUGGUGGCAAGAAGCCUGCCUCGCCCAAGCCUGGCGAGAGCCCCAAGAAGCCUGUGCGCGCCAAUCUUGGCGAGGCGAGCAGCUUCGUCUACGACCCUGAUCUGAAGCGCUGGGUGAACAAGAAGCCCGGAGCAGAGAAUACUCCGGCCAAGACAGCCACGCCCCCUCCCCCUCGCGCUGGUCCCCCCGGCCCCAGAUCGAUGUCUGGCACGCCGCCGCCUCCUAUGAGUACACCUCCCCCUAUGCGGUCAGCUUCUGGAGGUCCGCCGCCUCGAUCCAUCCCUUCUUCGAACACCUUGCCCAGCCUCAAGGCCCCGGCCUCGAACGACAACCUAAGCAUGCCACCGCCGUCUGCGCCCAUGGCUCGCUCUGUUUCCAGCCAGAGCGCCGGCGCACCUCCGAGCGCACCCCCCAGCCGACCUGGUACUAGUAUGAGCAAUGCGAGCAGCAUCGACGAUUUAAUCGGUGCUGCCGCACCUCGCAAGCCUGGUCAAAAGAAGGCCAGAAAGAGCGGUCGAUAUGUUGACGUAAUGGCAAAGUGA